AAGAUGUUCAAGAGGAUUCUUAGUCCAGAACUCCCAGAAGGCUUUGAGAGUCAGAAGCAGGAUAAGGAAGUGGUGGAGGCUGAAGAUGAGCAGCAGGAGAGCAGUGCCAGAGAGGGGGCUCUGAAGAUCACACUGCACAUCCUGAGGAAAAUGAACCAGAAGGAGCUUGCUGACACACUGGAGAAAAAUUCAGAUGAGCUUGCUGUGAUUUGCCAACGUGAACUCAAAUCUAAUCUAAAGAAGAAGUUUCAAUGUGUAUUUGAGGGGAUCGCUAAACAAGGAAACCCAACACUUCUCAAUAAGAUCUACACAGAGCUCUACAUCACAGAGGGUGGAACAGGAGAGGUCAAUAAUGAACAUGAGCUGAGACAGAUUGAGACAACAAACAGGAAAAAAGCAAUACCAGAGACUGCAAUCAAAUGUAACGACAUCUUCAAACCCUUAACUGGACAAGACAAACCUAUCAGAACUGUGCUGACAAAGGGAGUCGCUGGCAUUGGAAAAACAGUCUCUGUGCAGAAGUUCAUUCUGGACUGGGCUGAAGGAAAAGCAAAUCAGGAUGUCCAAUUUGUAUUUUCAUUCCCUUUCCGGGAGCUGAAUUUGAUGAAAGGGGACAAACACACUUUCAUUGAACUUCUCAAUCACUUCUCAAUGGAAACCAAACAAUCAGGAAUCUCCAUCUACAACAAGUACAAAGUUCUGUUCAUCUUUGAUGGUCUGGAUGAGUGCCGACUGCCCCUAGACUUCCAGAAGAACAAGAUCUGUUGUGACGUCACAGAGUCAACCUCAGUGGAUGUUCUGCUGACAAAUCUCAUCAAGGGAAAUCUGCUUCCCUCUGCUCUCCUCUGGAUAACUACCCGACCUGCAGCAGCCAAUAAGAUCCCUUCAGGGUGUGUUGACCAGGUGACAGAGGUACGAGGGUUCAAUGACCCACAGAAGGAGGAGUACUUCAGGAAGAGAUUCAGUGAUGAGGACCUGGCCAGCAGAAUCAUCUCACACAUAAAGACAUCAAGGAGCCUCCACAUCAUGUGCCACAUUCCAGUCUUCUGUUGGAUUUCUGCAACAGUCCUUGAACACAUGCUGAAACAUAAGAGAGAAGAGAUGCCCAAGACUCUGACUGAGAUGUACACACACCUCGUGGUGUUUCAUACCAAACAGAAGAAUGAAAAGUAUCUUGGGAAAGAAGAGACAGAUCCACACUGGAAUAAAGAGAGCAUUCUGUCACUGGGAAAACUGGCUUUUCAACAGCUUGUGAAGGGCAAUCUGAUUUUCUAUGAAGAAGACCUGAAAGAGUCUGGCAUUGAUGUCAGUGAAGCCUCAGUCUACUCAGGAUUGUGCACACAGCUCUUUAAAGAGGAAUGUGGGCUGUACCAAGACAAGGUGUACUGCUUUGUUCAUCUGAGCAUUCAGGAGUUUCUGGCUGCUGUAUAUGUGUUCCUCUCAUUCAUCAACAACAAUGAGAAUCUAAUGGACGAACCUCAAUCAAUAUUCAGAUUCUUUUCGUCGCUCUUCAGAGACAAGCCUGAAGUUACUGUCUACAAGAGUGCUGUGGAUAAAGCCUUACAAAGUGAGACGGGAAACCUGGACCUUUUCCUCCGCUUCCUUCUGGGCCUCUCACUGGAGUCCAAUCAGAAGCACUUACAAAGGUCUACUGACAAAGACAAGCAGCUCACAGCCCAUGAAGAAACAGUCAAGUACAUCAAGGAGAAGAUCAGGGAGAAUCCCUCUCCAGAGAGGAGCAUCAAUCUGUUCCACUGUCUGAAUGAACUGAAUGACCAUUCUCUAGUGGAGGAGAUCCAAAGCUACCUGAGAUCAGGAAGUCUCUCUAGAGCCAAACUGUCACCUGCACAGUGGUCAGCUCUGGUCUUUGUGUUGCUGACUUCAGAAAAGGAGCUGGAUGUGUUUGACCUGAAGAAAUACUCCAGAUCAGAGGAAGGUCUUCUGGGGCUGCUGCCAGUGGUCAAAGCCUCCAGAGCUGUUCUGCUGUCAGGCUGUGGAGUCACAGAGGAAGGCUGUGCUUCUCUGGUCUCAGCUCUGGAGUCAAACGCCUCACACCUGAGAGAGCUGGAUCUGAGUAACAAUGACCUGAAGGAUUCAGGAGUGGAAUUGCUCUCUGCUGGACUGGGGAAUCCCCACUGUAAACUGGAGACUCUGAGGCUGUCAGGCUGUCUAGUCACAGAGGAAGGCUGUGCUUCUCUGGCCUCAGCUCUGAGGUCAAACCCCUCACACCUGAGAGAGCUGGACCUGAGCUACAAUCACCCAGGAGACUCAGGAGUCAGACUGCUCUCUGCUGGACUGGAGGAUCCACACUGCAGACUGGAGAAACUCAUUGUGGAACAUGGUGGAGAGAACACAAUGAAACCUGGGCUUAGAAAAUAUGUCUGUGAUCUCACACUGGACCUAAACACAGUAAACAGACUCCUCUCUCUGUCUGAGGAGAACAGAAAGGUGACAUGUAGGAGAGAGGAGCAGCCGUAUCCUGAUCACCCAGACAGAUUUAAGGACUGGCAGCAGGUUCUGUGUAGAGAGGGUCUGACUGGGCGCUGUUACUGGGAGGUAGAGUGGAGUGGGAGAGGGGCUGAUAUAGGAGUGACAUAUAAAGGAAUCAACAGGAGAGGAAGGAGUUAUGACUGUGGGCUUGGAUCCAAUGACAAUACCUGGAGUCUGUUCUGCUCUGACAACAGUUACACUGCCAGGCACAAUAAUAAUCCCACUACCAUUGACGUCCCCUCCUCCAGCUCCCACAGAGUAGGAGUGUAUCUGGACUGGCCAGCCGGCACUCUGUCCUUCUAUAGAGCCUCCUCUGUCACACUGACUCACCUGAUCACAUUCACCUCCACAUUCACUGAGCCCCUCUAUCCAGGGUUUUAUGUUUGGUUUGAUGAGUCCUCAGUGUCCCUGUGUCAAACACAACAUGAUGAUUUACUCUAAUCAGGGUCAUGUUCAAUAAGACACACUGAAGCAACAAUGUAGAAUAUCUUUCUAGUGUGUAAACAUAUGAUUGUAAAUAUUCAUGAAUAAACACCAUUGAAGUUGACAGACAUUGUCAACUAGAGUCAAACAGUUUUCAUUUAGAAAUCAUUGAUCUUGUUGUUAUUUGGCUUCUUGUUGUUUGUAAAUAUUGUAGAAUGUUUAUUUGUUUAUUUCUUGGGACGACACAACAAUGUAGUUUAUGUAUAUAUAUGUUUGUGUAUAAACUCAAAUCAACUGAAUGAAAAGAUGUGACAGAUGUGACUAAUAAAGGAUCAUCAACCAGAUGGAA